ACAACUCUAAUUUGUUCCUAACUUUCUCAUAAUAUCCAAUUUUCUGAUAUAUCAAGGAUUUGUACUAACAAGACAUCCCACACCUUAUAUGUGUCAGCUGAUCGUGUGACACAAAUAAUGAAAGAAGGUAUAAUGCAGAACUCAGUUCAACCAUUGGAAAAUAAUGAUGAUAACGAUAAGGAGGAAUGGGACAACUCUGUUUAUUGGAAUUCCAAUGAAGCUGAAUAUGCAGAUAUUAAUGAAAAGUUAGAUCAAUUGCAUUCCGUUCUGGAUUGUCUUGAGAAAAAAAAUCGCAGCAUCCAGGCUGGACUUAUGGAGUUGCUACAAUCAAAUCGUGAAGCUAGAAAGCAGUUUCAAGAAGCAUUAAAAAUAUAAGCUAUAAAAGAAAGAUGAAAUCUUUCAACAGUUUUCUAAUUAUAACGUAUUGACUAUGUAGUUGAACAUAUAUCAGAUUACAUUUGUUAUGUUAAAAUUAAUAGAAAUGAAUAAGAAACUAUGUCAUAUAUGCUAUUAGCAUACUAAAAAAGUGCUUUUAAAUUUAGUUGUAAUAGUUAUUUAAAAGUACAACAAUCCAAUCGGAGAUUGUAUAAAAAUAAUUGGAUUUCUUAAAGUGCAAUAUUUCUGAUAAUAAGAACUUUAUAUUAAUUCGUGUUGUAAACAUUUUGGCAAUUUUAAACAAA